AUGGAAGAGUAUCGCGAGUCAUUUAUGCGGCUAGAGGAUUUGUGGUAUGAACGAGAUGUUAGCAUCGCCUGCGGUGGGCGGAUCGAGGUUCUCAUUAAAUCACUGCAAGAGCGGAACAAUAUUUUGACCCUCAAACAAGACGGUGACGCUCCGGAUUUGAACAUACAACGACAACGGGAGCUAUGGAAAGUCGAGCUGUUGGGAGAUCCUGGUACCAAAAGGACAAGAAUGUUGUGGCCCUCGACUGAAGAAAGUAUAGAUGAACAUGAGAAGAGCGUCGAGUAUAUGCCUGCAAAUUGGAAUCCAGAGGAGGAGUACAAGUCCGAAUACGACGACCGGGGUUAUCUUACUACGAGCAGUAGCGGUGGAGAUGGAGAUGUCUCUUGGAACGAAGACGAACCUGAGAAAACAGCUUGGGGUAUUACAAGCAGUACCCAAUGGAAUCCAGAAGUUGGGAGUUCGACCGCUGAUAAUUGGGGCACGAACGAAGAGAGUGGCGGAUGGGAUGAGGAACUUGAUAAGAGAACGAAGUUCACUCGGCUUGCCAGUACCGCUAGUUCAACAACUGGCUGGGAUGGAGACGAAAGUAACGGCACCACAUCCUGA